UGGUAUGAAGUACGCAACCACUAGGUCAGUUUUUACUUCUUGUCAGGGCAGGUUUUAUGGACGUAUUCGCAUCAAACCCACAAAGCUUGCUGCUCGCUAACAGUUAGCUUCAUGCAGGUCAAUUUUCUGACGUUAGUCAUAGAUAUCGGAAAAGCCUUAGAUUUCCCCUUCAAAAUAAAUGACAAAUUAGCAACGAUAACAACGUUAUAUUAAUGCUAUGUUGCAAAUUACAUCUUUGACAUAAGAGUUUAUUGAUACAUACCGCUAUUUCAAUAUAAUAAGAGCAUUCUUCACAUAAAAAUAUGGCAAUUUAAAUAAAUUAACCUAUGUUUAACGUGAAUUUGAAAAAUAUACCGGAAGUGCGAAUGUCUUUGCUGUACCGUACUGUAAUGCGUAAAAUGCCAUCGUCUUCCGUGUUGAUUUUAUUCACAACAUUCAAUGUGCUAUGAUGUCAUGGCAGCUGCCAGUGUGAUCAGACCUGGUGUCCACUCACCUGAAAAGUCUCAAUUGAUUUUAAAAGUGGUCUCUGCCAAGCCUCAGUCUCCCAAGCUGCCACCACGUCAUUCUCGACUCAGCUCCUUUGUUGAGGUGACUGCAGACGGCCUAUCAAGUGAAACAAAAAAGACAGCCAAACGCAGUGGGCACCUUGAGCUGCAGUGGAAUGAAGACCUCACCCUAAAUGUGACACCUCAGAGUCGUUUGGAUCUGAAGCUGUGGAGUUGCCACACGUUGAGGAAAGAGUUACUGGGCAGUGCUUCAAUAGAUUUGCUGGACACAUUGCGCAUGCACAAUGGCAAGAUGGAGAACGUCCAACUAAGUCUGGUGCUUCAGACUGAGAACAAAGGCUCAGUUGUUGUGGGUGGGGAGCUUAACGUCUGUCUGGACGGCAUGGAUGUUGAUCUGGGCUCUCUGCCCAAUGGUAGCACAGCGGCAGACAAAAUAUUUAAAUCUGAUAGACCCACCUUGAGGAGGACACAAAGUGAAGAGACUUCCAGUGCUGCUGGAUCUCAAACAAGAAGGAGCAACCAUUAUUCAGCGGGUGGUUCACACGGGAGCUCCCCAGGAUCCUCCAGAGGAGUUUCUAUAACAAAUGGUGAAGCGAACAUAGAACAGGUUCUUGACCCAGGUUCUGCUGAUGGUCAUCCUUCCUCCAAAAGUCACUGCAGCCCUGGAAACAGUGCAGAUAAAGUAGAGCCGGCAUCCAAUAGGCUGGAAGACAGCCUGAUGCAUCACACGUGUCCUCAUUUGAGUCAGCCCAAAGCAACCUGUAGCAUUACACUGUGUCCAGAUCACCAGGAUGGCCAGGACUCGGUACCACCAUCAGAGCUUGGCCCGCGUCCCACUCCCAGUGCAGAGCAGGCGAGCAAUACCGCCUCAGAACAUCAUUCAGACUCUCUCCCAACUGGCUGGGAGCAAAGAGUGUUGCCUCAUGGUAGAGUUUACUACGUAGACCACAACACCAAAACCACGACAUGGGAGAGGCCACUGCCACCAGGCUGGGAAAAGCGUGUGGAUCAACGAGGGAGGUUCUACUACGUGGAUCACAACACAAGAACUACCACAUGGCAGAGGCCUACAGCAGAGUCUGUGCGCAACUAUCAGCAAUGGCAGAGCCAACGCAACCAGCUGCAGGGCGCCAUGCAUCAGUUCAGCCAGCGCUUCCUCUACCAGCUUUCCAGUGCUCCUGUCGAAAAUGACCCUCUGGGCCCAUUGCCGCCAGGAUGGGAAAAGCGCCAGGACAAUGGCAGAAUGUACUUUGUCAAUCACAACACACGGACGACUCAGUGGGAUGACCCACGAACCCAAGGGAUGAUCAAGGAGCACCCUUUGCCUCCGGGCUGGGAGAUGAAGUACACCGCAGAGGGAGUUCGAUAUUUUGUGGACCACAAUUCACGCACUACCACCUUUAAAGACCCCCGACCUGGGUUUGAGUCAGGGUCACGGCAAGGCGGUUCACCUGGGGCCUAUGAUCGCAGCUUCAGGUGGAAAUACCACCAGUUUCGCUUCCUAUGCCAUUCCAAUGCCUUGCCGAGCCAUGUUAAGAUCUCAGUGUCCAGACAGACGUUGUUUGAGGACUCAUUUCAACAGAUCAUGAAUGUGAAGCCAUAUGACCUUCGCCGGAGACUUUACAUCAUCAUGAGGGGAGAGGAGGGCCUUGACUAUGGUGGCAUUGCCAGGGAAUGGUUCUUCCUGCUGUCUCAUGAGGUUUUGAACCCUAUGUACUGUCUGUUUGAGUAUGCUGGCAAGAACAACUACUGCCUGCAGAUCAACCCAGCCUCAUCCAUCAAUCCAGAUCACCUCAUGUACUUCCGCUUCAUCGGACGGUUCAUCGCUAUGGCUCUCUACCAUGGGAAGUUCAUUGACACUGGCUUUACACUUCCGUUCUACAAGCGAAUGCUGGACAAAAAAAACACACUCAAAGACUUGGAGUCCAUUGACCCAGAGUUUUAUAACUCCAUCAUGUGGGUUAAAGAAAACAACUUGGAGGAAUGUGGUUUGGAGUUGUAUUUUGCGCAGGACAUGGAGAUUCUUGGGAAAGUUUCUACCCACCAGCUUAAGGAUGACGGAGAAAACAUAAUGGUCAAUGAAGAGAAUAAGGAGGAGUACAUCAGCUUGCUGACAGACUGGAGGUUCACACGGGGAGUGAAGGAACAAACUAAAGCCUUCUUGGACGGCUUCAACGAGGUUGUUCCUCUGGAAUGGCUUCGCUACUUUGACGAGAAGGAGCUGGAGCUGAUGCUCUGUGGGAUGCAGGAAAUUGACUUGGUGGACUGGCAGAAGAACACCAUCUACCGACAUUAUACAAAGAACACCAAACAGAUCCACUGGUUCUGGCAGGUGGUGAAGGAGAUGGACAAUGAGAAAAGAAUUCGUCUUCUUCAGUUUGUUACAGGAACAUGUCGACUGCCUGUUGGAGGCUUCUCUGAGCUUAUCGGAAGUAAUGGGCCUCAGAAAUUCUGCAUAGACAAAGUGGGAAAGGAGACUUGGCUUCCAAGAAGCCACACAUGUUUUAAUCGCUUGGAUCUACCGCCUUACCGAAGCCUGGAGCAGUUGCGAGAGAAACUAAUGUUUGCUAUUGAGGAGACAGAGGGAUUUGGACAGGAGUGAAAUGGAAGUGGAUGUUUUAUAGUUGCAUUUCUGAAAAAUAGUGUGAUGCUGGAUGGACACAGUAUUCAAUAUACAUGCCAUAUUUUGCUUAGAAAUGGUGUAUGUUUUAGAGUUUGGUUAAAUGGCUGAGAAUUGUAUUUAACUGAAGUCCACACACACACACAAACCUCUGCUCAUAAUUGCACAGUCAGAUAAGAUGAUCACCAAUAUACUGUAGUAUCAUAUCAAUUUAAAAGAAAUCAUUCCAUAUUUUUAAGGUGUGUUAGGAAACCAUUGUAUUGAAAAGUAGAGGAAGCGGAUGAUCUGAUCCAGGGGUCUGCAAUCUGUGGCUCUGGUUCCCUGUGCAAUUAAUCAUAUUACAUUUUGCAAUGUAGGCCCAAGCAAACAACAAUAUUAUUUUUAUCUUCCUAGGAAAGGACUCAUUUUCUAUGUAAAAACAUUAAGGGACCAUUGAUUGGUUUUAACAGUGGAGCUUGUUAUAGGUCUGUAAGUGAAAAUGAUGUCAACACUAAUAUGAAAACCAAUACUGUUUGUUUAGCUGCUAAACGAUAUUAGACAAUUCAGCAUGAUUGCACUAAAAAAACUUCAUCAAUGUAAAAAUAAUUGUCUCCUAGUGGUUGAUUUUCUAAACAGCUCUUUGAGCAAUAAAGCUUGCUGACCCCUGGUCUGAUUGCAUGUGUCUGACGAUGACAUCCGUUUCAAAUGUUGAAGACAGUCAUUUUGGUUUUAUAUUAUUCUCUUGAUAAUGAAUUUCUGUUAAUAGUUGAUCUUGUACAUGUGUAAAGUAUGAUAAAACAUUUCUCGGCAUACAAUGUGGAGUGGAUGUAGGCCACGCCUACUGAAGUGACCCUGAGACCUGCAUCAACCAGGGAUGUAGUCUCAGGAGGGAAGAGUGGAUUAGUCUCAUGUGAGUGUGCCAACAGUUACAAUAAAAAAAAUAUAUAUA